AUGGCCUGGACCGACGAUCGAUUGGAAGACAAUGGACAGGACCUGACAUUGCAAGUGUUUCAUCCUCAAACCUCUGAUACACCUAUCGUCCAAACAGCUCCGUUUGUAGUUCACGGUCCACCAAUUGUCACAAUCAAACCCGAUUCGACCGAUAUCAUAGUAAACGCAGAUUUUCUGGGAAGGUGUAAUGUUUCAUCAUCGUUGAAUUCAUACUCUACUAAGUGGUAUAAGGGAAAUACCGAAAUAUCCUCCAGUGCCAAGUUCACAAUAACUGGGGAUUUCCUGGCUAUUACAAGUGUCCAGUUUUCUGACGAGGGAGAUUACAGCUGUACUGCUACUAAUGCUGCGGGUACUUCACUACGGAGCAAUGCUGUAGCCAUCAGCGUCAUAUCGGAGGGAGGAGCACCUGCAAUCAGUGGAGCUGUGUCUACCCCAAACGAGAACGAUAUCUUAAUCCUUCGUUGUACGUCAGUCGGCGGUGUACCAACACCGUCUGUCAUCUGGAUGAAGAAUGGUGUUAAUAUGAAUAUUGGUGACACAUCUGUCACAGAGAAUGGGGUGACGACAACAACUAGUGUGUGGACAUAUCAAGUGGCCUAUGCAGACCGUAAUGCCGAUUUCACCUGCCUCGUCUCCAACAGUGUUGGAGACAUAACCAGAACAAAAAUCUUCACUGCCGUAUAUAUUCCACCGACUACUGUUGCAAAUCCGAUAAGAGGUCCCACCACAACAGUGGCAGGAGAAGUAACUACGUUCUCCAUCAACUUUGCGAGAGUCAGUCCUGCACCUAUUGUUUCAUGGUCGAUAGGAGGAUUGCAGUUACCCAGCAACGUGCCGCCAAUUAUCACAGUUCCCACUGCUGAAGGAGCUUUCAAUGCCACGGCAAGCAUCACUUUCACACAAUUUGCGGAAUACAAUGAUAAAGCGCUUGUUGCUUCAGUUAACCAUGCGCAGUCUCGAAUAGUGUUCGACGUAUCAGCUACUCUCACUGUGAAAUCCCAACCUUCUCAGCCUGUUAUUGACGGCCUUCCAUUAACACGGAUCGGCGUAGAUGGCGACACUUAUCAGCUUGAAUGUAAGACAAUUGGAGGAUUCCCUGUUCCAACAUUGGGGUGGUUUAGGAACGGACAACCAAUCCUAACCUCGCCAAGCACAGAUUUCAAUGCGGAUCCAAUCGUCACUACCGCUACCUACAACAUGGCAGUGACAUUGUCGGAAAAAAACGCUGUGUUCAGAUGUACAGCAUAUAAUGAAAUCAACACGCUGUAUACAAGCGUUAGCCUGACAGACGUGUAUGUGAAAGCGUAUCUGACAAUUAGCGGAAGUUCCGAUGUAAUAUCUGGCAAAAAUACCUCGAUGUCCUGUACAAGUACAACCAGUCGUCCCGUGCCGAGUGUAGCGUGGUUGAUGGUUGAUUCUGCGGAUGUUUCGACGAGUUUGCCCGUAAAGGAGGAGUCAGUUGGACAGCCAGACAACAUUGGCUUAGUGGCCGUGACCUCUACUGUAUACUUCGUUCCUACGAUAGCGGACAAUAGGAAAACAAUCAGAUGUAUCUCAGCACAGUCGGGAUUAACACAUUCCCAUACAUCCUCCAACAUCAUAACAGUCCACGGUCCACCAACAGUAUUUGCUGCAUAUAACGCUACUGCCAAAAAUGGAACAACUGUAAAUUUUACAUGCUCUGUGACAUCAUCACUGGCAUCAUAUAAUGUCACGUGGUACAAACGCGUCAGUGAUACUGAUGGAACUGCAAUUCCUGUACAGAUCAACGAGAGAUAUGCUGUAGAUUUGAGCCCACAUCGAUUGUGGAUAUACGACAUCAAUGUGAAUGACAAUGGCGUAUACUAUUGUAUCGCACAGUCUGCUGCCGGGACUUCCGCACGAUCCGAAGUAUCUCUAAUAGUCAACAUUCCGCAGGCAGUACCCUGGUUUGAGAACAACGUGACUGCAAGGACUGUUAAUGAAAAUGAGGGAAGCAUCACAGCGAAGUGCCUGACGACGGUCUAUCCUGGCAACACCGGCAUCCUAUAGAUGGGAUUUUAUUCCGGCUGGCGGAUCAAACCCGGUUGAAGUUGACAGCGGUUAUGUCAAUGAUAAUGAACUAACCAUUCCGUCGGCUA